AUGCCCAGCCCACCCCCAAGCAGUGUUAUUUUUGCACCUUACGGCCCUGUCUGGAAGCAGCAGAGGAAAUUCUCUCUCUCAACACUGCGUCAUUUUGGAGUAGGAAGACACAGCUUAGAGCCUAAAAUCAUUGAGGAGCUGAAGUUUAUAAAGGAGGAAAUGCUGAAGCAUGGAAAGGAUUCAUUUAAUCCCUUUCCGAUCAUUCGCAAUGCAGUGUCCAAUGUUAUCUGUACUAUGGCCUUUGGCAGGCGUUUUAACUACGAAGAUGUUGAGUUCAAGACGAUGCUGAAGAAUAUGGCCCGCGCACUAGAGCUAAGCGUGAACAGCUAUAUGAUCCUGGUCAAUAUCUGCCCUUGGCUGUACUACCUUCCCUUCGGGCCUUUCCGGGAACUUAGGAAAACAGAAUUAGAUAUGACUGCUUUUCUAAAGAAAAUAAUUGCACAGCACAGGGAUACACUGGAUGCAGCAAAUCCCAGGGACUUCAUUGAUAUGUACUUAAUCCAUGCGGAAGAAGAAAAAAACAACAAGGAGAGCAGUUUUAAUGAAGACUACCUAUUUUUUAUCAUUGGUGACCUCUUCAUCGCAGGCACAGACACUACUUCCAACACAUUACUGUGGUGCCUGCUCUACAUGUCUCUCUACCCAGAAGUACAAGAGAAGGUUCAUGCAGAAAUUGAAGCAGUUCUAGGACGUGACAGAGUUCCCUCUCUUACCCACAAGGCUCAAAUGCCCUUCACAGAGGCAACCAUUAUGGAAGUGCAGAGAAUGACUGCGGUUGUUCCCCUUUCUAUUCCUCGAAUGGCCUCAGAAACUGCUGUGCUGCAGGGAUAUACUAUUCCGAAGGGCAGUGUGAUCGUGCCCAACUUGUGGUCAGUACACAGAGAUCCUGAUGUUUGGGAGAAACCAGAUGAAUUUCAACCAUCAAGAUUUCUGGACGAAAAUGGCCAGCUCAUUAAGAAAGAGGCAUUCAUUCCUUUUGGAAUGGGUAAACGUGUGUGCAUGGGAGAGCAGUUGGCAAAAAUGGAGCUGUUCUUAAUUUUUGCAAGUCUAAUGCAAAGUUUUACCUUUUUGUAUCCUGAAAAUGCUGCAAAACCAUCUAUGGAGGGAAGGUUUGGUCUAACUUUAGCUCCAUGUCCAUUCAAUAUAAUAGCUUUGAAGAAAUGAUAUAACAUCAAAAAAGAUUAAACAAAGAAAUACUGCACUUUUAAAAUCCAGCUUUAUUUUGUUUCCAGCUUAUUUUGUUACUUUCUUUCCAGAAAAACACCAACUGCAUAGGCUUUCAUAUUCAGUGAGAAUGAUCCGUUUACACUUCUGGAAGGAGAAGAUUUUUUUGUCAGCUGUUGCAUUCCACAAAUGAACUGACAGCAUAGUUUGCAAUGUGAUAUUACAACUUGCUGGGCUUAACCCCUCUGUCUAUAAGCUAUUACUGUCAGUUUGUCAAUUAUUAAUUAUGGGAGAAUGGUCCAAAACAUCCAUUAGUGCUUUAGCAAAUAGUAAUUGUUAUUUUGGUAAAAGCAGUACGUAAACAUUUAAUUUACCAAAUGAGUGGAGGACAUCAUCUAAAACGAAAAGGAUUAAUGAACGAGAGGGUGUUAGCAUUUUCUGUGUAAAGAGACAUUAUAACUGAGCUUAGAUAAUGACAAAUACUUUUUGGAAAUGACUAAAUGACACUUCUUUUAACCUUGGAGGAUUCUUUCUUGCAAGUAACUCAUAGAUGUAGAUUGGAUCGAAUUGGUCUGGAUUCCUGGAUCCAAACAUUCUUGACUGUCAGGGCUCACCAUAAACAAGUAGGUACCAACUCUGAAAACCCAGGCUUGGAGGCCAAAUGAAUCCUUGAAUAUACCAUGUUCUUAACAUGAAAGGAGUGUGCAGCGUCUGGAUGCAGAUGUUUUAUCUCAGAAUAUAAAUGAGAGCAGACUUCUCUAACAAGAAACAGAAGUCUGUUCUCUCUGGUGCCAAGCAGAUAUUCAAGACAUCUGUGCUGCCACUUCACAUUUGCUGUUUUCCCCACGUCAGCAGUGGCUGCAGCCUGGACAAGACCAACAGCCCGCUCAUCGGGGAGAACUCUACGUGCAUGAUCCUGAAGUUGGUGCUUGCACUCAGGUUUUUCAUUUAACAGGCAGCAUUGACAGUACUGCCACAACCUGUUUGGCUUUGGGAACUGGAGUCUUACUUCAAAUAUGGCAUCAAUACGGCACUACAG